AAAAGAAAAAAAGAGAGAAAAAUCGUAGUCAGUGACAAACAAUAUUUACGGCUAAAAAUCGUACCAUAUUCAUAUAAAUUGUAGAGAAAGUGAUAAAUACACAACAAUUAUGAAAAUGAAAUAUCCCCGCAAAGAUAUUGAUCAGAUUUUAGGUAAAAAAAAAAAUAGUGAAAUGAAUUGCAAAUUCACAAAGGACACACUCGUCUUUUGAAAAUAUGUAUGAGGAUAAAUUGGUAAUUUUCUUAUUUUUAUCCUAUUUGUAAUUGUGUCUAUCAAAUACCCAAAACUAAUUACCUAGAUCUAUAACAUAAUUACCAAACAGAACACCCACACUAUGUAUCAUGCCUUGUGUACAACGGGUUCUUGAUUUAUCUAUCAUGCCUUAUCCCAUAGAGACUAUCAAACAUUUUUUCUCGCUUGCCUUUCUAGUUUUGUUGCACUGAAAUCAUGGGAAAGAAGGGAAAAAUCGAGAGAAAUCAUGGGAAAGUAGCCAGUGAGGUCUUGUUUCAGAAGAGUAUUGGAGAUAAAGAUGGAUUUGAUGUUGUGGAUGACUUGAGUGAACCAACCAUGGGUGAAAAACUUGCAAGCCUCAACUUGGAAGGAAAUGACAAUGCCCCUAACCCUGAAAAUGCAGACUCUUCUCUUCUGGCAAAGCCACCUAGUGCAGACUCGGUUAAUAUCUUAGUUAAGCAAGCACUGCAUGCUGAUGACCGAGCCCUUCUCAUAGAUUGCUUAUACAGACAAGAUGAGAAGGUAAUUGCAAACUCACUAUCACUGUUGAAUCCUUCUGAUGUUCUAAAGUUCUUAAAGUCGCUUGUGCCAAUAAUCCAGUUAAGGGGUGCUGUUUUGGCCUGUGCUCUUCCAUGGCUCAAAAGUUUACUUCUUCAGCAUUCUAGCAGUAUAAUGUCCCAAGAAUCUUCCUUGGCCGUUCUAAACUCGUUGUUUCAGAUAAUAGAAUCAAGAGUCUCAACCUUCAACCCUGCUCUUCAACUGUCAUGUUGCUUGGACUUGCUUUAUGCAGAUUCUGUUGAUGACGGAGUGGAGGAGAAUGAUAUAAUUGCACCUGUUAUAUAUGAAGAUGAAGAUGAAGAUGAAAGCGAUGAUGAUGCAUCUGAAGAUUCCUCCAUGGAAGUUGACACUGUAGAAGAUGGUGAAGAGCCUAUAAUCUACAGCGAUAUCAGUGAUGACGAAGAGGAUGGUGAAAUUAAUGACUAAAUUGAUCAUUGAAAUUUUGCUGCCUGACAUGUAUGUAUAAGAAAACUGCAUCAAUCUUAGUUGGCAAAGUGUAGAAAACUGAGCUUUUCUUUUAUUUCUAUCCCUAUCCCCAUGUUCCAUUUUUGUCAUGAGAUUUUGUAAUGUCAACGAGUCUUUUAUGUUAAUAGCAACUUUUGGUCUCGUUCAA